CCUUCUUCCUUCCUCCCCACUCCUCUUCUCCCUUUCCUUCUCCCCCUCCUCUCUCCCUCACUCACCACACUCACUUUCUCUCUCUCACUCUCUGUGUCUCAUACUUUGCCCCUCCCUUUCCCUCUGCCUCUUCUCUCUCUCAACUCCACAGUAAAGGAAAAAAAAAAAUGCUGCUAUCAGUGACUUCCAGGCCUGGGAUUUCGUCUUUUGGCUAUAACAAGAACAACAAGAAGGAGUUUCCAGGAACUUAACCUGCAUGGGCGGCCUGAGAAAGCUGGGGAAUUAGAAGCAAAUCAGGAACCCAAGUUUUGUCUUUGUGAAAUGAAGUUAGUCUGGCUUCCUGCUGAUACAGAGAAUCUCCACCGGGAUAAUGUGUCAUCUUAGAGCCUGGCACUUAGCUCGCUUAACUCCAGUGUUAUUCGAUCUUUGUGAUUACUUGUUUCGAUUCUUCCCCCAUCCCACUUUCCGUCUUCUUCUUCCCCACUCCGCCAGCUUUGUCAGGUCUCCCUACAGUCACGGGUGUCACUGGCUCAGCAGAUGGCACCGCCGAGUCCGAGCAGCAGCAAUGGCAGCAAUGGAAAUGACCAGCUGAGCAAGACCAACCUCUACAUCCGAGGACUGCAGCCCGGCACUACCGACCAGGACCUUGUCAAGCUGUGUCAGUCAUAUGGCAAGAUUGUCUCCACUAAGGCUAUAUUGGACAAGACCACAAACAAAUGCAAAGGCUAUGGCUUUGUGGACUUUGACAGCCCUUCCGCAGCACAAAAAGCCGUGACAGCACUUAAGGCGAGUGGGAUCCAGGCCCAGAUGGCAAAGCAACAAGAGCAGGACCCCACAAAUUUGUAUAUAUCAAACCUUCCAUUGUCGAUGGAUGAACAAGAGCUGGAGGGAAUGCUGACGCCUUUUGGCCAGGUCAUCUCUACUCGAAUCCUUCGUGAUACCAGUGGAACCAGCAGAGGGGUUGGAUUUGCAAGGAUGGAGUCCACAGAGAAGUGCGAAGCGAUCAUCACCCACUUUAAUGGAAAGUAUAUUAAGACGCCCCCCGGAAUAGCAGCCCCUUCUGAUCCCCUGCUUUGCAAAUUUGCUGAUGGCGGGCCAAAGAAACGACAGAACCAAGGAAAAUUCAUGCAAAAUGGACGAGCGUGGCCACGGAGUGGAGACAUGGGUGGCAUGGCCUUUACCUAUGACCCCAGCACAGUUCUUCAGAAUGGGUUUUACCCGACUCGUUAUAACAUCGCUCCCAACAGGAUGUUUGCCCAGUCCCCGCUGUCCCCGUAUCUCCCGUCUCCUGUGUCUUCCUAUCAGGGUUCAGUCCUGACCCCAGGGAUGGAUCACCCCAUUUCACUCCAGCCUGCCUCCAUGAUGACACCUCUCACCCAGCAGCUGGGCCACCUGUCCCUCAGCGGCGCUGCCAUGUACAUGCCAACAGCUGCUGCGGUGCAUGGAGCUUACCUCUCCCAGUACGCCCCCGUGCUGCCUUCUGGUGUUUCGGCUGAGGAGCGCAGUGGCCAGCAACAGGUGACGCUGGAUGCCCCAUCAGACCUUAGCCUCUGUGCUUUCCAGUUCAACAAGUAACGGCCGGGAGGACCCCACGUUGAGGCACAGAGUUCUGUCUGCACCCUGCUUCUGACUUGCGCCCCUUUUGGACACCCCUCCUGCCUCUGUUGAACGUAAAGGAGUAACUGCUGGUGUGGAUGCUCCGAUUCCAGGGGGCUGACCCAGAACCAAACCUCCUGCGGACCCCGCUGGGGCCGGACACUGCUCACAGGCCUGGGCCGGGGAAGGAAACGUCUGCUCUGGCCCACUCCUCGGCCCUCGGCACUCCCACUCUGCCCCCGCCGAGCCCGGGGCCGGCACACUAUGCUGUGCUCAAGAUCAGAAACACUUCUGCUCCAAGCAAGUUUCAGAUUUUGUUUUUAACCCUAAUACUCUUUCUCACACCAAACAUGGUGCUUGACCUUCUCAUCUUUACGUAUAUGAAUUUUGGACAUGUUCGAGUGAUUUGGGAAGACUUUAAAAGUACUAUUUCUUCUCUUCGAAGAUAAGCAGAAGGAUGUGGGGUGCUAGAACGUCGACUGGGCCUGCUGGGGGCCCUUCGUAGUGAUGGAUUUUUGUGUGUUCAGACUUAUAAAAAAAAAAAGUUUUGUUGUAUAAAGUUCUCAU